CAUGGAAAGCAGAUGUUAGAUGAUGAUGAUUUACAAAAAUUUGAUGAUUUCUUUAUUGUCCUUUUCCUUUUCUUUUUCAGAUUUGAUCAAAAAUGCUGCCAAGUCAAAUGGGGUCUGUGCUCAUAUUAACAAGGCCUUCAGCAAUGAUGAGGAUGACGCGGCCGGAGGAGAGCCCACCCCUGUCGAGAAUGACAAGGACAGUGGCGGCACAGGGGCGGAGGCGCAUGACAGUGAUGACGACGAUGAUGAAGAGAUUGGGAAGACAAGUCAAGCAGGAAGUGCAGCAACUUCGCUGAACUCCACUGAUGACCAUCACAUUGGAUCGCUGGAAUGCCGAGAGAUGGAGAGGAUGCGGAGCUACAGUGACACUAGUUGCCAUGACGACGACAAUGAUACUGCUGAGGUGAAAGAAAGCGAGGAGGAGGUGGGGAAGAGAGAGGAAGACGGAGAUAAGAGAGAGGCUGCUAUGACAUCACAGUCACCCCCCUCAUCACCGCCACCACCACCACCCUCUUCACCGCCGCCACCACUACCCUCAUCGCCACCCCGUUCAACAGGAUCGGCACCCUGCCGUCGACCGACCUGCUCCCCUCCCCCACUGCCAUCCCAGGCUCCUGGCACAUCACUUCCCAGCCCCAGCUCUUCCCCGUCCUCACCCACCCGCCCAACAGUCUCCCCUCCCGCUCCCCCACCUUCAAGCUCCCCGCCACCCCCACCAAACUGUUAACACGCCGCCCCCACCACCUUAAAAGUGCAUUUUUAUGUGCAUGAGAGUGUGUGUGUGUGUGUGUGUGUGUGUGUGUAGGAAUGUAUAUGUGUGUGUUUAUUGUUGAAAAACAUACAUUCUGCUGAUAGACAAUCCAAAUAAUGCUGCUAAGUGCGAUCCCACCAUGACCACCUCAUUUGCUUUUCUAGGUACAAGGAUACAUUUUAGGUUUCCUUCAUUAUUCAGAGAAUCGAAUACAAUUAGAGGGAGAAUUGGCUGCUGUUUUUAGCAGAUUCUGAGACAACACAGUAACUCCCUUAAUGAUUUGUAUAGGCGCAGGAGUGGCUGUGUGGUAAGUAGCUUGCUAACCAACCACAUGGUUACCGGUUCAGUCCCACUGCGUGGCAUCUUGGGCAAGUGUCUUCUGCUAUAGCCCCGGGUCGACCAAAGC